UGUGUUUUGAUUGGGUUAUAAUGAAGACGGUUACAAUUUAAGAAGAUGUGAUUGACCUACAGAACUGGCAGGUUGUAGAUUUUGUUGCUUUAGGAAAAGAAGAUGGAUUUUACUACACUACAGGCCCUGCUAAUCUGGGAAAGAUGCUUUGUCCCUAUAUAACAAGGUAAAUAUUGUUGAAAGAGCUUAUGGACAGCAUUCCUAUAGGAAUAAAGAGCAGGAGAACCUCAGCAGGAAAACUUUAUUGCUACAAUGGCCGAAAUGACCGCUUUUCCUCCGGUGGAGGCAAAUAUCCCUCGGCUGGAGAUGCCCAGCAGCACGCGCCCGGAGCCUGGGAGCAGCGAGGCCUUUCCUGGCCAUCACCCUGCGUAUGAAGGUGCAGAAGCAACGAACCCCCGAGGUAAAGCGCUGCGCGAAGUUCCCGCAGCUGGGAGCGCCCGGGCCGCUGCAGCUCGCCUUGCUGCACGCACGAACUUCUCCUCGUGCCCGGGGUCGGCACGGCCACGGCCUGAGGGCACGCGCAACCCCGCAGAGCUCCUUCCCAGUCUCGCAGUGAAGGCUGGCGGCGGGACGUGGCACCUCGGGGCCGUGUUUACCACAGAGCCGCCUGUGUGGGGGUCCGCCACCGGGGCCUCAUUCCCACCCCCGCCGCCGCCCCGCUCCCUCUGUUUCCCUUUCCCGGCCCUUGUGUCGUGUCUUCCCGAGGCUCGGUGCCUCUCGGCCCCACUCACGCUGUUCCUGAGGCGGAGGCGGGCCGGGCGCCGUGAAACUCGGAGCCGGAUCCCGUCACGCGGCCCCGACCAGCGGCAGGGGGAGCGGCCUGUGUGGGAGGCGGUCUGCGGCUGUCCGCGGGAACUUGCGGCUCUUCGUGGAAGAAGUCCGUCGGACCGUCGGAGGAACUCUGGGCUGUUUCGAAACACUUCGAGCGGCUGCGGGGCGAAGUCCGCCUCCCGCGCCCUCACAGGUUGUAGUGACACGGGUAGGAGCGAGGCGUACGGCGGGCGUUUGGAGGGCAGCGGAAUCGCGCUUCAAAGUGUCACCGAGCCGCCUGUGGCCGCACAGCCAGCAGAAUCGCCACUUAUCAGCCUUUCCCUAUGUUCCGUGGCCUUAAGGUGGGAAUCCUGCAGUCAUCUUUUAAUCCAUGAAUUUGUGUUGUUGAAGUUUCCUCGGUUUCUGAGAAGUAGUGAAUUUAGUUUAGCUACUGGCAAAAAGUACUUUUAAUAGACUAAAUCCUCAUACGUUUGGGCACGCAGAUGUGCCAUUAAGUACUACUGUUUCUAAACCUAUUGGAACUUUCUGGUAUUUUUGUCCCCUAACUUUCCAGGCAUCAGUACCUGACCUCAUACAACACCAGUGUCUCUUUCUAACCAAUGCUUCUGACUUGCUCCCUUAGGAAGCACAAACACUGCUAGGUCAUAAGCUGCCAUCUGCAGGGUGUACAGUGCCUGCCACAGCCAGACCAGAAAUACAUUUAAUCAGUUAGUUAUUAAACACAUUAAGGCACCGCUCGGGAAGUUUGUGGAAUCCAAAUGUAACUGUCUAUAAAAAAAGAGACAGAAGUGAAUUCUACAAUAAUUACUCUUGGGCUUGAAUAUUUAAUGCUGCUUUAUGAGUGUCAAAUGUAUGAGGUACUUGAAAAAAACAUGGAAACAAUACUGAUAUAAAAUCAACAGAGAUGACCAGCAAACUCUGGAGACAGUGUAAGAACUCUGGUUGUUCUCAGCAGUGCUGUACUCCACUGUUAUUUCACUUGUAUAGAUGAUAUUCUUUGAUUUUGGUGUAGUUUUUAAACAAAAUUUAUUUACUCAGGCAUGAGAUUAAUCAGCGAUUAUUAAUUCUUUUGCAUUACCUUUUAGAGAAAUUUCUCUUCCGGAUGCAGACAUAUAGAAACGCUCUCUUCUUAAUUAACUGGAGACAGCUUUUUCAACCAAGCAAGACUUGGUUCAAAGCGAUUGUUGUUGUUUUUUCUUUUUCCCCAGAAAUCCUCAGUCAAUUCAGUUGGAAUAUUUUUGUUUUCUCCUUUCUGCUCUACUUGUGGUUGUAUGCAUUAUUACUGUGGUUGCUGACAUUGUUACAGAGGGAAGAAUUCUCACUUAUUUUGAACUUCAGUAUUCCUGUAACUACUAUAUUAAUUGAUGUUUUAUGUUAUAUUAAGCGUUGUAAUAGUAUUAAUAUACUUUAUAGCUGCAAAUACGUAUUUGAAGCUUGGUUUGAGGGUGAUGGGAGCCUUUGUUACAGAAGAUAAAACAAGAAAUAGAACUUCUGUAACGAAGGAUUACUUACAAGGAGAAAAAGCCUCUAUGGCUGUUGGUGCUAUGUAGAAGAAAUCUAGUUCUAGGUUGUCGUGGGUGGAACAAAAACAAUAUACUGCCCUCAUAAAAAAGAAGCUAGAAUAUAUUUAUUGAUGUGGUAUAACGUAAUAUAAUGUAGUGCUUUAACAGUGACUUAAGAUUCAAAGUGGCUGGAUACACUCCAUUAUUUACUAUGCAGAUGGUAGAGGUAAACAUACAGGAGGCCUUCCUAUUGAGCCAUGAGGUUGAGUGGACCCUUGCUUUCUAAUCUCCUUGAACCAUGGAGGUAAGGAGCCUAGAUGUGGCACUCCUAGUCCCAGGUUUUGUCAGUGGUUUAUACCUAAGGGAUUACAUGCACAGUCAAUUUAAGAUUGAAUCUUAGUGAAGCUAACAAAACCUAAAACAAUUAGUCACUUACUGAGGAUCUGUAUUGGCAAGGGAGCUUGACAUCAGAGUGUAAGGGACAUAUCUCUGUGCAGCUGUAACCUCAAGAGGUGCCCCUGCUCAAGGGAGAGAUCCUGUCAUGCAGCCAGCUGCUGUGCAGGAGAGCUCAAAGGGGCUCUUGGGCUGCUCACCAUUUACGGAGUAAGAUUGACUCAUAGUCAUAAAUUGCUUUUUAGGUGCAUGCUCAAUUGUUUUUCAGCUGCUGAACCAGCCGUCUGCUAUUGGGCUUAUUUGUCCUUCUGUGCAAGGGCAGGUUGAAGAUGGGGCUGAGUGAAGGAAGGUGAGGGGGCGGAAUUGGGGACACAUUUUAUAUUAUUACUUUUGAAUAGGGACAAGGUAAAUACCAAGGAUAAUGAAAAGCUAAUAAUUUUUUAAUGAUAAGAACAAGCAAGGAAAAAAAUACUUAAGUUGAAAAUGAUGUUUUUCCACUGAAUAAUACAAUUUACUAUAGCAACAACAACAGCAACUGAAGUUUAGGUUCUCCCUCCUGUGGUUUCCACAAUAAUGGCUUGUACAACAAUUCCAUCUUCUGGUAACAGUAGCACAGGAAUUGUAAUAAGACAUUAAUCCCACAGGCUGCAGUCUUCCCAGUCUUGGCUUAAUAUCUACCAUUUCAGCAUUUGGUACCUCAUAUUCCCACACUGUGUAACUUUAAUGUGGGUAUAUACAUACGUAUCUCCUAUGUGAUAUAGAGAAUCUGGAGAUGGAGGUACACAAUUCAAUGCAUACAACUCAAAAUAAAAUCGAGUAUAGCAAUACUGAAGUAAUAUGGACUCUGUAAGAUUUUUGCACUGCUACUGGAAAAAUCUCAGUUCAAUUUAAUUUUAUUAAAUUGAAUAUCAGCAGAAGAUCAGUAGAUUUUUUUUCCAGUGCCUUGGAAAAACAAGCCAAAAAAAAACCAAACACAAACAGUGGCAUUUGAGGGAACUGAAUUUUUAAUUAACUGCAUAAACACAUCAUUUACCACACAAAUGCAGCUCGCUCUCGUAACAUUCUGACACCAAAAC